GCGGCAAGAUCGCUUUCAGGGAGACGAAAAAGAGCACGAAUUUCCAGCAGGACACGCAUAGGCGCAGGUAUGUGUCCGGCUGACGAGCUUGGCGCCUUCGCCGUGGCGCCGAUGGCCUGGUAUGAGAGGCUGCUCGCAUGGAUACUGAGCCUGGGGCCCGUGCCGCAAUCUAUGGGCAUCAUCCCCGACGGUAACCGGCGCUUCGCUACAGGACACGGCAUCACUGUAGACCAAGGCCACGUCGCUGGAUCACACACACUCAGCCGGGUUGGAACAUGGUCGUCCUUGGUUGGAGUCAAGGAGUCCAUCAUCUACAUUUUCAGUGCCGACAACUUUAGACGUCCACAAAGUGAGCAAGAUGGCCUUUUUCAAGAAAUCUCCCGGCGGUGCCAAUACAUUAUGGACAACUCGGAAGGCUUCAGAAAAGGUGGUCGACGCAUACGAUGUGUUGGUGACCUGGAGCUACUUCCCAACCACCUUCAGCGUUUACUUGCAAGGGUCGAUCUUGCCACCGCAGACAACAACAGGACAGUACUGGUUGCCUGUGUGGCUUACUCUUCGCGCCGACAGGUGACGCAGAUGACGCGUCGUCUUGCACAGGCCGUGAAGAAGGGAGAGCUUCGUUCAGACGACAUCACGACCGACCUGAUCGAUGGCUAUGCAUCGCUGCACGACGGGGCCCACGUGCAGCUGCUGCUGAGGACGUCGGGGGAGACGCGCCUAAGCGACUUCCUGCUCUUGCAGAGCAGCCACGCGCGCCUUCACUUCGAGCCCAAGAACUUGCCCGAGAUUGGUUUCGCCGACUACGUGUGGGCCCUAAUUGACUAUCAGCUGCAGCAUCAUAAGCUGCAGGUGGAGAGCCAUGCUCCCGCUGCGCCGAUUGGAACUGCCAUUGACCAGACUCUUCGGAAGCGCUCUUUCCUGAAUCACAUUCGAGCUGAGAAUGCCACUCUAGCUCGAACGGCUCGCACAUGAAUGAAAAAGCAACAGUGCACGCUACCAGAGUAAAGAAAGUCGAUUGAUCACAACUAACUGUACCACUAGGAACAUCGCGCUCCGUUUGACUCUGGCCUCAGUAAACUACGCGAUUCGAUGAAACUAGGUGACUACAUCAAUAUCGCACUCAUCGAAAUAGCACUAGACUGGUGUACAUUAUCGCAAUAAAUUGCAUCAAUUUAUCACA